UUCCCUCCUCCUAUGUAAGCCUUAUGUGUCUUCCUACACCGACACAAUGGCAGCCGGAGCACCAGACAAGAAACCAACGGAAGACUCGAGGUCCAGGCCUAGGGCCGCGUAAGCUUGGCAGCGGGCCCGGAGCGUGCAGGCAGGGGUUACCCUGUCACCGCCGCGUCCGGCCGACACCGCCUGCCCCAGGCAUACCGGCGCCGAGAUUCGCGCUCCCGUACGUCCAGCCCAAGGGCGAGUGGGUGGGCCGCCCAAUCCUCUCUGGGAAGAAACAGUCCAGGACCCGAGGCCACAAAACCGUGGCGCGCUCUGGAGGCCCGGCCAAGCCCCGCCUCCCCGAGCCGCCCCUUCCGCUCGCGCCGGGAUCGGCUCGGACGCGGCCACGUUGCCCUGCGCGCUCCGAGCGCCUUGCCCUGGGAGUCGUGCCGGCGGCACUCGGUUCGCAUAGCCGCUGGGCUCGGUGGGCCCGCAGGGCCUCACGCUCAGUCAUCCCGGCGCCGCGGCGCAGGGAGUGGCAGGGCCUCUCCGUGGUUCCAGCGCGCGGGCCCGCCUGGGAUUCGGGCCCGGGAGGCGCCGCCCUCCGUCAGCCUCACUCGCCUCCCAGCACCACCCGGAAGCAGCGUACCGGAGGGAGCGCUGUAGAGCUGGGCGCCGGGGCCCAUGCCCGUGCUCCCCCGCGGGCCCGAGCCAUGGCCUCCGGUAGCGUGGCCGAGUGCUUACAGCAGGAGACCACCUGCCCCGUGUGCCUCCAGUACUUUGCCGAGCCCAUGAUGCUCGACUGCGGUCACAACAUCUGUUGCGCGUGCCUCGCCCGCUGCUGGGGCGCGGCGGAGACCAAUGUGUCGUGUCCGCAGUGCCGAGAGACCUUCCCGCAGCGGCACAUGCGGCCCAACCGGCACCUGGCCAAUGUGACCCAGCUGGUGAAGCAGUUGCGCACCGAGCGGCCGUCGGGGCCCGGCGGCGAGAUGGGCGUGUGCGGGAAGCACCGCGAGCCGCUGAAGCUGUACUGCGAGGAAGACCAGAUGCCCAUUUGCGUGGUGUGCGACCGCUCCCGCGAGCACCGGGGCCACAGCGUGCUGCCGCUCGAGGAGGCGGUGGAGGGCUUCAAGGAACAAAUCCAGAACCAGCUGGACCACCUAAAAAGAGUGAAAGAUUUAAAGAAGAGGCGCCGGGCACAGGGGGAGCAAGCACGAGCUGAACUCCUGAGCCUAACCCAGAUGGAGAGGGAGAAGAUUGUUUGGGAGUUUGAGCAGCUGUAUCACUCCUUGAAGGAACAUGAAUACCGCCUCCUGGCCCGCCUCGAGGAGCUGGACUUGGCCAUCUACAAUAGCAUCAAUGGUGCCAUCACCCAGUUCUCUUGCAACAUCUCCCACCUAAGCAGCCUGAUCGCCCAGCUGGAAGAGAAGCAGCAGCAGCCCACGAGGGAGCUCCUGCAGGACAUCGGGGACACGUUGAGCAGGGCUGAAAGAAUCAGGAUCCCUGAACCCUGGAUUACACCUCCAGAUCUGCAGGAGAAAAUCCACAUUUUUGCCCAGAAAUGUCUCUUCUUGACCGAGAGUCUGAAGCAAUUCACAGAAAAAAUGCAAUCAGAUAUGGAGAAAAUCCAAGAAUUGAGAGAGGCUCAAUUAUACUCAGUGGAUGUGACUCUGGAUCCAGACACAGCCUACCCCAGCCUGAUCCUCUCUGACAAUCUGCGGCAAGUGCGGUACAGUUACCUACAGCAGGACCUGCCUGACAACCCUGAGCGGUUCAAUCUGUUUCCCUGUGUGUUGGGCUCUCCAUGCUUCAUCGCUGGGAGACAUUACUGGGAGGUAGAGGUGGGAGAUAAAGCCAAGUGGACCAUAGGUGUCUGUGAAGACUCAGUGUGCAGAAAAGGUGGAGUAACCUCGGCCCCCCAGAAUGGAUUCUGGGCAGUGUCCUUGUGGUAUGGGAAAGAGUACUGGGCUCUUACCUCCCCAAUGACCGCCCUCCCCCUGCGGACCCCUCUCCAGCGGGUAGGGAUUUUCUUGGACUAUGAUGCUGGUGAGGUCUCCUUCUACAACGUGACAGAGAGGUGUCACACCUUUACUUUCUCUCAUGCUACCUUCUGUGGGCCUGUCCGGCCCUACUUUAGUCUGAGUUACUCGGGAGGGAAGAGUGCAGCUCCUCUGAUCAUCUGCCCCAUGAGUGGGAUCGAUGGGUUUUCUGGCCAUGUUGGGAAUCAUGGUCAUUCCAUGGAGACCUCCCCUUGAGGAGGUGAACUCAGGCCAAAAGGGCUGUUGGCUUUAAUCCUACCCUAGGCAUGAGGCGUUUUGUUGCCUUGCCACUUCCUGUUUGUCACACCUGGAUAUCCUUACUGCUUUCCAUGCCUCUGCGAUGGGAGACAGGAUGUCCAUGUUCUCUGCCAUCCUUCCCUUCCCCAUGCCAAUUGUGAGAUGUAAUGACAAGUAUCAGGACUGCCUGGAAAUAAGAAGCAAAUGUCCAGCUCCAGUAUUUCACACGUUUUAGUUUUGCACAUUACUUGAGGGAAUAAGGAACAUGGAUAAUCUUUGGAUUUGGAGAGCCGUUAGUAUACUUACACCUUGGCUCAGCCUGGUUUCUCUGGUUGACCCUCACUGAGUGAUCAUGGGUAUUUGCUGUUAUUUCUGGACUUGAGCUCCUUUCUAAGAAUCAAGAGUGGAACUACAAGGCCCUGUCAGCAUGGCUCCCCUUAUCCUGGUUUUUCCUUUUGGGAAUAGUACCUCUACCCUUGAUUCCCAUUCUGCUGUAGUUUUAUUAACAACAUUAAAGAGGCCUACAUGUGUUUUGAUUAGUUACAGAUAUUUUACAAUUAUGGUGGGAUGGCUCCCUCUGUCACGAGAUAAUGUUCUAAUCAGUGUGCUCUUUGCCUCUCUGUCUUUUCUGAGGGCUUUGUCUGCUCCCUUCAUUCUAAUGAAAGGUACAUCCUGGUGUUGGUUGCACAUCAUCCAGGAUAAUUUUCUGCCCAGCACCAUCCGUUGUUCCUAAAUCCCCUCCCACUCACAGUUGUGGACUGAUGGGCAGUAAUAUGCCAUCCCUGGAAGGAUUUGGGGGCAGUAUUCCAAGGACUCCUGGACCUUUGCCUCCUUUUCUCAAUCUCCUCUGGAGAGUAGGGAAAUGGACCUUUCUAAUAUGUGUACCGUCAAGGGGCAGCGGUUAGAUCCCCAUGGCUGUUGGAUCAUGAGGCAUUCUGGGGUUGAGGGCUAAGGCAGAUCACUGAGCAAGCCCUCAUGAUGGUUCUUAGUCCUACUUCUCUUUGGGCACAUGUCCCUCUGUUUGAAAAUAAAGUGAAUAUGGAAGUUGUU